AUGGCGAAUAACUCGUUCCGAGACUCUGUCAACUCACUAGGAUGGUCGCGUAGAGAUCCGGAUCUCCCCGUGCGAACUGGCACAUCAUCAAACACUCCAUUCUUAUCUCGUCUACAGUCUUACAAUCCGUUCGGAGAUGGCGGCUAUGUUCAACUGCCCACUCACAAUGACGGUCCUGGGGCCCCAUUACCGGCAGCCAGUCGCCGGGAAGAAGAAGAGGGCUUCUUUGCUUUGAGUCGGUGGGACCGCAUGCUGAUCUUUGGCGCAUGUAACUUGGGUGCCGCCGUCUGUUUCAUGCUCUGCUUCUUCUUGUUCCCUGUACUGACACUGAAGCCCCGCAAAUUCGCCGUCUUAUGGUCCGUCGGCUCAAUGUUGUUUCUGAUCUCAUGGGCAGUUCUCAUGGGACCGUGGACUUACGCUAAGCAUUUGACCUCGGGGUCACGGUUGCCAUUCACAGCGGCCUAUUUCGGAUCGAUCGCCCUGACGCUCUACUUUGCUAUCGGGUACAACCUGAAACCACAGCUUGUCAUGUCUGCCGUUGGCCGCUGCCAUUUUAACUCCUUCCAACUCAUCCCACCCUGUACUCAGUCGGCCUCACUGCUCUCCAUCUUGCGUCUGUACUACGUCCCACCACGGCGCGGGACUUGGAUGUUCUUUCCCUUCACUCUUGUCCGACACAUCCCGGUGUCACAGAGCGCGGAGUCCAGAGCCAUCGAGAUCAACCUAUGUCUCACCGUCCCUGACUCCUCGCUUCAAAGUCUCCUCCUCACUCUCAUCUCUUCUAUCUUCCAAAUCGCUGCCCUCGUCUGGUACCUCGUCAGUUAUUUCCCCAUGGGCAGUACCGGCUUGCAGUACGUGGGUCGUUUCGGAGCAUCGCGUGUUACCUCUUGGAUUAGUGGUUGA